AACUAGUCCGAUCCCUCACCGCCAGGGAGACAGAGAACUCGAGACAAAAAAAUCGACCCCACAAGAGGAAUAUAACAGCCUGUGACAGACCAAGCUGAGAACGCUACAUUUCGCCUUUCUUUUUCCUCAGUUCAUAUUCAUACGUUUAUCUUGCUUCCCUCUGCUUUCUCCAAUCAUCAGAUCUCUCUGUGGCUCUGACUGACGUUUCCAGAAAUGAGCUUUCUGGCUCAGAAUCAUAGAUUCUUUUCAAGCAGCACGUCGGCCAGGGCGGCACUUCCGCUCUCUCACACCGGCGACUCCAAACACCACCAAGGAGGUCUUCGCAGGCGGCUCUCGUCCUUGUCCCUCAAGAUCCAGGCCACCUCUGCUGCAUCCUCUUGGUCAUUUCCAAGAUCCAAGUCCCUCUCAUCAAUGGGAGACUACGCUGGCACCUCGCUCAGGAAAUGGUGGGAGUGGGGCUCCGCUUGGUUCCUCUCCAGAAAACCCUUUUUUGCUGGGGAUCUCGAAAUGAACGAGCAGGAAGCCAAGGUCCUUGGAUCCCAGGACAGGGGCAGCUGGAGGCAUGUUUUCUUCAAGGUCCGAUCUGAGAUUAGAAAGCUCCUUGGCUCUGAUCAAAUGGCUCUUCCUCAGACCUACAGGCCUGCCAAGAGUUUCGAUGCAAAUCAUCGCUGAAAUUCGAUCUGCCCCCGCCUCUUGAAUGAGUGGAAAGUGUUUGGCUCAUUUGGAAUAAUAAAGAUUCCAGUGACGAAAUUAAAUAGCUCCGCUUGGCUUUUGCAAUUCGUUUGUUCGUUAUUCAUGUAUCUUGCACUCUCUUUGAUUCGAUUCUUAUAUGCUCACUGUUGGUAAUAAGGGGUGUAAUUAGUACAUUAGUGUUCUUGUAUGUUGUAGGUUGCAAAAAAUUUUAGAAUCCCUGUUAGUUUGCACGGCCUGCUUACUGCUGCCCAAAAUACGAGUUUCUGGGCAACAAAUUUCUCGUUCAUGUCGGUGGAGAUAUGUUCAUGUUAUUAUAGAUUAUUCGCAUUUUCCGCUAGCAGAUGGAAAUUGCAUUUGAUCAAUUAUUUCGAUGACGCACACAAUGGAGUGAGCGUCGCCUGUCUGCUGCAUGUAUCAGAGCUGAUCAGUGAUCGUUCGUUGGA